AGAUGUUAGUGCAAAUGAAAACUUAAACAACCCUAUUACAUGCAAAGGUCCUACCACAGACAGUGACAAGGGAAAACAACCUAUCUACGAAUUAAAAACCUACAGCAAGCACAGCUCAGACAAAAAACUAGAAAACACAAAUGCCACUAACAAAACAAACAGGCCCUCUAAUAAUAACAAAAAGAUUGAAAGGAAUGAAGAUAGGCAAAAAAGAAAUCCAAGAACUGAUAUACAAAGAUACAAGAAACCUUUAGAUAAAGAUACAAGAAUCAGUAUACAAAACAAAAACAAGACAUCGAACAAGAAAAACUCCAAUUAG